UGUCAAUUGUUUGGGAGUAUCUCAGAUAAAAUUAUGGAGUCAGGAGUCGUCUGCUAGUGGAAAAUGUUUAGGUAAAACAUCGAAAAUUUUGUCAUGUAUGUGCAUCAGUAAUCAGUGAACGUAAGACAAUGUAUGCGCAAGGAAGCAAAUCAGUUGAUCCAUUUGUUGCUGCGUUUGGAAAUCCGUUGUUGGAUUUGUGUGUAAUUAUUAAUGACAGUGAAAUUUUGAAUAAAUACGGUCUGCAGUUCGACGGACAGGCGGAAAUUACCGAAGAAGAAUUAGGCAUAGUAGAUGAUAUUCGAGUAAGAUAUUCGCCGCAGUACAGUGCGGGUGGAGCAGCGCAAAACUCAUUACGGGUAUUUCAGUGGCUCGUUAGAGAGCCAUUUAAGUCGGUCUACUUCGGUGGUAUCGGGACCGAUGACCGAGGUGCGCUUCUUGAACGCCUAGUAAAAGAUGCUGGCGUCAGUACCAGAUAUUCGUACAAUCCUGGUUAUCCCACUGGAACUUGCAUUGCUCUCAUCAAUGGUGAGCACAGAUCACUGGUGGCUCAUAUUGGGGCAGCAACCAAAUACGACGGUUCAUUACUGGAUAGCAAGGAUGUAACUAAAUUACUAGAGCGUAUAAAAGUGUUGUACAUCGAAGGCUUCUUCUUGACUCACAGUUUUCCGGUGUGUGUUAGACUCAUUGAGAUAUGCAAAGUAAACAAGAUACCUUUAAUCUUCAAUUUAAGUGCUCCAUAUGUUUGUGAAAGUCAUACACAUGAGGUAACUGAGCUUGUUAAGGGUGCUAACAUCAUAUUUGGAAAUAGUGCAGAGUUUUAUUCCCUUGCCAAGCAGUUGAAUAUUAAAAACAGUAGCUUAAAAGAUAUUGUUGUGAAACUUAGAGAAAAUUUUAAUAAUUCUCUUGAUGAGAGUAAACUGCAGCAUUGUGAUGUAUCACAGAUCUUGAAGGAAGGGAAAUUGAUUAUUGCUACUCAGGGCAAAAAUUCUGUUAUUUGUGUUUAUGGGAAAACAAAUACAGUUUUAGAAGUAAAAGUUGUAGAAAUGGAUCUCUCACAAGUGAAAGACACCACAGGUGCUGGAGAUUCUUUUGUGGCUGGUGUUCUUGCAGGUAUCUUCCACAACUGCAGUCUGGAAACCUGCAUUCAUUUGGGAUGUUGGGCUGCUCAGGAAAUUAUUAAGCAGAUUGGCUGUACAGUCCCUCCUUAUCCUCCAGACGGUGCAAGAAAGUUCUUAGAGGGGUAAUGUUUUGAAAUUGUGAUCUGAGUAGGAUACUUGAUUAUUUUGGGAUCUAGAUUUAAAUAAAAUAUUACAAAAAAUAAAUGCAAUUUGUUAUAGUUUCUUUCACUAAAAGACUGCAGAACCCUUUUCUACAUGUGAAACUCAAAGCAUCAUAUAGUUUGUGUGUACCUGAGUAAAGCUGUUAGUCACAUUUCAAUAUUUUAUUUUAUUUGUAACCACAGAGAAAGUUUCCAAAGAAGGUUGAGAGAUAUAUUUACAGAACUGGUGUGUGGAGAAUACUUGAAGUACCAUACAUGAACAUGUAUGUGUUGAUUUAAUUACCCUUUUAACAAAAAUAUAAUAUAGUAAAGUACAAACCAUGCCACUAUUUGAGCCACUGUCUACAUAUAAGUAUUUCUGUUUGAUACUUUGGUUGAGAAGUUGUCUCACUGUACUCAUAACUCCCAAGUGCAAUAUUGUCAUCAUAUAAUGCUGAAGAAUGGACAACAGUGAAAUUAACCAUCGAACAGAUGCACCUUUGUAUAAAGUGUGCCGGCCACAAAUAACAUUGUCUUGUACCAUUUCAUUAUUGCUUCAGCUAACUGAGUGCUAAGUUGUGUUGUCAUAUGUCCAAGUGAGCAGCAGUAAUAUUAAAUCAGCUGCAUGCUUGGUGAGAAAAAAUGUAUAAUCCAUUAAAGAAAAUGUCGCAGAUUCUGACCUAGUGGCACAAUCCUACAACGAGGCAGUUGUAUAUGAAGCAAUUAGCAGUCUAAUAAGUGAUUGGCUGUGAUCUGAUGCAACUGCACUGUUUAAUGCUUCAAGUGUGUCAUUACUGUGGGGUAAGAAUUGUAUGCAGUAUCAGAGUGAUAUAAUGGAAGUUUAUUUUAUUAUUUUUUAAUUAAACUGUGGUUUUGUUCAUUUAUGCUUACCUUGGUAACAUGAAGACAGCUGUUCAUUAAAUGUAUACAAAGUGUGCUGUGUGCCUGCUUGAGGGUUAAUUGCACCAGAGAUAUGUGAACAGUUUUUAUGGAUGACAUUCAUAUUGGUAAGAACUGUCAGUCAGCCAUAUCAUUAUCACAAUACUGAAUUUUCGUGUGCCAUAUUCAUUUGGCUGUUGAUUAAGUGAAUUACGUUCUGGAGUAAUGUUGUGGCUCUGUUGUUGCAUUUCGUAGAAUGUUACUUAGAAUAAAAAUUUGAUUUCCUUCCUUA